AUGAAUUGUGCUGUCCACUCUGAAAAAAAGCUCUCGGUUAUAUGCUUAGCGCCUCAUUAUUGUCAACAACGAAAACUUUGCUAUGAAUGCCUUAAUAAUCAUGAAAUGACAUAAGCAGUGCCAAUUGAUCUACUUUUUUCAUACAUUGAGAAAAAGCUGGUUAAAGAAAAUAUUUAAAAAACAUCUGAAUAUACUCAAUUAUUUGAUAAUUUUAAUUCUUAGCUUUUCCAAUAUGAAAGCAUGAUUAAUAAGAUUUUUUUAGAUAUGAGAAAUAAAAUUAAACAGAUACACGAUUUAAUUAAAGAACAAGAUUAAGAUUAUAUAAAUUUUACUAAUUAAAAUAAAAAUAUUUCGACAUUAUCAGAUUCAAAUUUGAACACUCUUGUUUACAUUUUGGAAGGAAGAUCAUAAGAAACUAUGACUGCUAAAAAGAAAUUUUAUGAAUAAUUAAAACAUUUAUAAAAUUAAACAGACUCAACAAUGAACAACUGCCAUUUGAGCAUAACAGAGCUCACUCAAAAAGUAUCUUUUAUAAAAGAGUAAAUAUUUUUAACAAAACAUUAAUUAGUAGUUUGCAAAAAUUAAAUUCCAAAUUCAAAAUUAAUUAGCCAAUUAUAUCUUAUGAUGAUUGUAAAAAAAAUGGAGUAUAAAGAGAAAUAAAAAAGGUUGAUGGAAGUAUUGGAAGGUAAUUAACUAAUAUUCUAUUGAAUAAGGUUGAUUUAAGAAGAAGGAUAUUAUUUGAAUAAUCAAAGAAUUGGAUAAUGGAAUUAUAAUAUUUCAGGAAAUAUAAUGUAUAAUUUAGCAUGGUAAUUUAGUAAUGGUGGGAAAUAUGAUUGGUUAGGAAAAAUUGGUGAAUGGAUAGAAUUGAAAGAUGAGUUUAGUAACAAUAAACAGGUUGCUUUGGUUGGUCAUUAUAAAAAUAGCAAAAAAGAAGGCAGAUGGGAUCAUUUAUGGAGAGAAAAUUUCAACUAAGAUUUCUGCAUAAUGUAAUCAAAAUAAAAUUGGAUGUAUUUUAGUAACGGAGGAAAGUUUAAAGAGGGAAUUAAAUUUGAUUAAUGGAUAGAAUUGAAAGAUGAGUUUAGUUAUAAUAAAUAAGUUGCUUUGACUGGUCAAUAUGAAAAUGGCAAAAAAGUGGGAAGGUGGGAUCAUAUUUAUUUUUGGAAAGAAACGUAAGAAAAAAAUUGUUUGUAAAUGUAAAUAAUGGUGAAAAUAUAGUAGUGAUGUUGGAUAGUAAGAGAUUAAUGGAUGUAAAAUUAAGAUUGGAAAAUGGAUUGAAUUGAUGGGAGAUAAACCAAAUGUAAGUUAUAAUAAUAAUUAUGGUAAAAACUAUAGUAGUUGGGAACGGCUUUGGAGGGAAAACGAAGACAAAAAAUUCUUAUAAAUGUAAAUUUCAUAAUUCAAUAUAGUGAAGGAGGAGAUUUUAAUCGAAGUUCAUCUAAAAUUAAAUUUGGAAAGUGGGUAGAGUUGUGGGAUCAAUUUUCAAAAGAUGCAUUAGUCACUUUUGAAGGUGAAUACAAUAUAAAAGGUAUGAAAGUAGGUAAAUGGGAAUUUAAAUAUGAGAAUAAAACAAUGUAAAUAUUUCAUAAGAAUUGGUUAGAGGUGGUGGAUCAUUUGGAGAAGAAUAAAUUAAGGAAGGAAUAUGGGAAGAAUUAGAUAAAGUAUUUACUAGAGAUGGCUAAGUGACUUAUCAUGGUAGUUAUAACUCUAAAGGGAUGAAGAUAGGUAGAUGGGAAAUUAAAUAUGGGAAUGAAACAAUGUAAAUAUUUUAUAAGAACAGGUUAGAGGUGGUGGAUCAUAUGGACAGGAAUAAAUUAAGGAAGGAAUAUGGUAAGAAUUAGAUGAAGAGUUUGAUUAGAGAAGAAAAGUCACUUACACAGGCUAAUAUAAAGAAGGAAUGAAGUAAGGUUCAUGGGAUACUAAAUAUGAAGGAAAAAUAAUGUAUAUAUUAUAUUAAAUAAUAUUUUUAGUGGUGGUGGAUCUUAUGGAAAAAAUGGGAUUAAGAAUGGAUAAUGGAUUGAGAUAGAUGGAGAUUUUGGUAUGUGGACUCAAUAACUUUUCAUAGGAUUAUAUGAUAAUAAUGGCUAAAAAAUUGGUAAAUGGUAGAAAAAAGUUGAUAAAUAAAUAAUUGCAUGA